GCCCAACUAGUAGCACGCCCCAAAAUGUGGCACAGCAGGUGGCACAAAUUCGUCAACGACUUGGGAGUGUUGAGUGUUUUCUUGUUGCUCUUCAAAGUUGGCAGCGCGCCAGCCACCAGUGACAGCUCCAGUCUCAACUAUAACAACUACAAUGGGAGCAUCAAACAGUUGCGUUUCCAUGACUUUGAGCCGCGACAACAACUGACGCGACUGGUCAGAGAAGGGAAAGAAGCUGCUGGUGAGCAGGAAGCUGGUCGUGAGGCACGUGGAUUCCACUUCAAUGCCAGUGGCCAGGAUGUCAAUGUGGAGCUGGAGUUCAUUGUACCCUUUGUCAGAGUGCCGGUGAAACGGAGCAUAAAACUGGCUCGUGAAGCUGUGCAGAGUGUGCUGAAUCUGCAGAAGGGAGCACUGCUCAACACGGCUGUGAUUGUUGUUGCAGGUGCCAUCAUAGCGGGCAUAGUGCGUCUUGUGUUGGCUCCCAUUGUGUUCACCUCGUUGGCAAAUAAUUAUGCCGGCUACGUUGCCAAGGAAUACGAAGAUUCUCCAAAGAGCAUGCGAAGUUUGACGCAGGUGCUGGAAUCCCAGCUAGACGAGCACAACAUCGAUGUCUCUGUUUGCGCACAACGCGCCAUUUGCCAGUACUUGCAACACAAUGCGGCACAAGCGCAUCGCUUGGAUGCUGGUUUCUCUGUGUCAAACGCUGCCAGGUUGCUUCAUCUGAUGGCCAACUCUCCAUGGACUGAUUCUUUGCUCAAUGGCACCGCAGUGUUCAGCGCCAUUGAUGUGGCACGCAGCAGUCGCAACUGCAACCAAAUCUAUCGCAGCUGCAGCUGGCCGCAGCUGCAAGGCAACAUCUUACAGAGAUCCUGGCCAAAUGUCUUACAGUAUUUCAACGGACGCGAACAUUGCGAUCGCAAUGGUUUUCAGAUCAGUGGCAGACCUCAAGGCGGAAGCAUGCAUCUUGUGACUUUAGCUCAAAUGAUCCUGCUGAUCCUGGCUGGCUGUGUGGUAAUUUGGGCAGCCAGCGAAGAGAGCGAAGAGUCGUCGUCAAAUGAAGCCAAUUCAUCCUCCUCUGAGGCUGCAAAGGAGCAGAAGCAGCAACAGUUCAAGCAGCAUCAUCAUCCGCCAGGUGUUCGUCUGAUAUCCUUUGAUACGGUGGAUAAGGACGUUGCCAUCGGCCUCGACUAUCUGCUGCCCUUUGUCACGGUGCCAGUGAAACGCAAGCGCCAUGAAGCUCCGAGACCGCUGGUCAUUGUCAAUUCUGCAGCCAUUUUCAGUUGCGGCUUAGUUGCUGUUGGCGGCAUUAUUGUUGGCCAUUUAAUACGCAGCAUGGGACUAGAGACAAUUGUACCUGAUCCUAAGGAGGACUCAGCCAAAAAAGCAGCACGUGGACUCCUCGAUGAGCAGCAGAAUUUUCUACAGAUCUUCGACAACUUUAAGCUGGUCUAUCGCAAUGAAAGCGGCGAGAAAGUUGAGACUGGGCUGACUAAUUUAGUGGAUACCAUCGAACACAGUCUUUUGGACAACGACAUCGAUCUGCCUGCCUGUUUGCUUAAGUCUCUUUGCACAUUCACUCACAAGGCUGCGAGAAAUGUGCGCAGUGGUCAGGCUUCGGAUAUGGAGCUAAUGCUAGAUGGCGUCACUAGUUGGCAUUGGUUGUUAUCCUGGUUCGAGCAGUCGGCGAUCCGUGAAGCUGUUGAAGCUGGCAGAUUGUCUGCGCCACAUUAUUGCAAUGCCAAAUAUCCACGCUGCAAAUGGAACUCUCCAGAUGAAAAGCUUCUUGCUCUGCUGCACAACAAUGUUCAAUUUAAUUAA